AUGGGUUCGAAAUCUUCAAAAUCUGUCACUGCAAACAAUGAUCCGUUAGAAAGAGCAAACACCAAUCUCAAUUUAGGUGAUACCCAUUUUAGAUUAGCAGAGUAUAAAAAGGCUAUUACCUAUUACAUUAAAUAUAGGGAAAUUUGCACUGAAAUUGGCAAUUUUCAAGGAUUAGCAAGUGCCUGUGAGAAACUGGGUUCUGCCUGUUUACAGCUAGGACAGCAUGAAGAGGCUAUCGAGUAUUUUGCAACAAGCUUAGAAAUUUUCAUUAAAUUUGAAAAUCACUCAGGAGUGGCAACUAACAAUGGCAAUUUAGGCACUGCCUAUCAUAGUUUAGGAGAGCAUGACAAAGCUAUUGACUAUUUCAAAAAAGGUUUGGAAAUCAGUGCUGCUAUUGGCGACAAGUCAGGAAUGGCAAAUAUUAAUGGCAAAUUGGGUAGUGUUUACCUUAGUUUAGGAGAAUAUAAAAAAGCUAUUGACUAUUUCAAAAAUGGUUUAGAAAUGAAUAUUGCCAUUGGCGAUAAGUCAGGAAUGGCCGAUAACAAUGGCAAUUUGGGCAGUGUUUAUCUUAGAUUAGGAGAAUACGUUAAAUCCGUUAGCUAUUUAAAAGAAGGUUUAGAAUUGAGUACUGCUAUUGGUGAUAAGCCAGGUAUAGCAAGUCAAAAUUGCAAUUUGGGAAAUGCCUACCUUCGUUUGAGAGAAUAUGAGAAGGCUAUAGGCUAUUUUAACAAAGGUUUAGAAAUUAGCACUGCUAUUAACGAUAAAUCAUGUAUAGCAACUAUAAAUGGCAAUGUGGGCAAUGUUUACCUUAUGUUCGGAGAAUAUGAGAAAGCAAUUGACUAUUUUAAAAAGAGUUUAGAAAUGCGAACUGCUCUCGGCCAUAAAUCAGGAAUAGAAACUAAUUAUGGCGAUUUAGGCUAUGCUUACCUUAGAUUAGGAGAUUAUGAGAAAGCCAUUGACUAUAUCAAAAUAGGUUUGCAAAUGAGUACAGCUAUUGGUUAUAAAUCAGGAAUUGCAACUAACAAUACCAAUUUGGGCAUGACCUACCAUAGUUUAGGAGAAUAUGAAAAAGCCAUUGACUAUUUCAAAAAAGGUUUAGAGAUGAGUACUGUUAUUGGCGAUAAGUCAGUAGCAGCAAAUAACAAUGCCAAUUUAGGCAUAACCUACCUUAGUUUGGGAGAAUAUGCCAAGGCUAUUCACUAUGGCAAAAAAGGUUUAGAAACAAGUACUGCUAUUGGUGAUAACUUAGAAAUAGCAAGAAACAGUGGAGUGUUAGGUAAAGCCUAUCUCAUUUUAGGAGAGUAUGAGAAAGCUCUUGACUAUUGCAAAAAGGGUUUAGAAAUGAGUACUGCUGUUGAUAAUAAGUCAGGAAUAGCAAAUAACAAUGAAAAUUUGGGUGAUGCCUACCUUAUAUUGGGAGAAUACGAGAAAGCUAUUGACUAUUUCAAAAAAAGUGUGGAGAUGAGUGCUGAUAUUGGCCAGACGUCUGCAGUUGCCUCUAACAAUAGCAAUUUAGGCAUUGCCUACCUAAAAAUUGGAGAUUAUGAAAAAGCCAUCGACUCUUUGAAAACUAGUUUAGAAAUGAGAACUGUUAUUGGUGAUAAGCUAGGAAUAAUAAAAACUUGUAAAGACUUGGCAAAUGCCUACCUUGGAUUACGAGAUUAUGUGAAAACCAUUGACUAUUGCGAAAAAUACUUGGAAUUAAGUCGCGAUAUUUGUGAUAAGGAAGGAAUAGCAUCUUGGAAUGGCAAUAUGGGUGAUAUUUGCGUUAGUUUUGGAGAAUAUGAGAAAGCUAUUUAUUAUUACAAAAAAGGUUUAGAAAUGAGUACUGCUAUAGGGUAUAAGUCAGGCAUAGCAACAAGCAAUGUCAAAUUGGGCAUCGCCUACCGUUAUUUGAGAGAAUUCGCCAAAGCUAUUGAUUACCUCGAAAAAGGUUUGGAAAUAAGUACUAUUAUUGGCGAUAAAUCGGGGAUAGCAGAUGCGAAUGGCGGUUUGGGCAUUGCUCAUAUAUUCUUGGGAGAGUAUGAAAAAUCUAUUGAUUGUCAAAAAAAGUGUUUAGAAAUUAGUACCGCUAUUGGCGAUAAGUAUCGAAUAGCAGAGGUCAAUUGUUAUAUGAGCGUUGUUUAUGGAUGUUUAGGACAAUAUGAAAAAUCUAUAGACUAUUCCAAAAAAAGUUUAGAAAUGAGUACUGCCAUUGGCAAUAAGUCCGGAAUAGCAAAGAGCUAUUGUCAUUUGGGCAAUGCUUACCAUGGCUUUAAAGAAUACGAGAAAGCUAUAGACUGUUUCAGAAAGGGAUUAGAAAUUAGUACUGGUAUUAGCGAUAAAUCUGGAAUAGCCACUCAGAAAUUGAAUUUGGGCAGUGCCUACUUUGGAUUAGGAGAAUAUGAGAAAGCCAUUGACUAUUACAAGAAAGUUUUAGAAAUAAGCAUUGAUAUUAAUGAUCCGUCACUCUUAGCAAUUAGUAAAAGCAAUUUGGGAUUUGUACUUGGAUUAUUAGGACAAUAUAAAGGUGCAAUAUCAUGUUUCAUGGAAUCUAUCUGCAUCUUUGACAAAAUGUUUUCAAACUCAGUACCAGACCAAAAUAAGUUGUCAUUCACUAAACAAUACUUUACCGUCCAUGUAAAGAUCAUGAUUUGUUUUAUUUCUGUGGGUCGCAUUGAAUCUGCAUUAUUAGUCAUUGACCUUGGAAGGGCUAAAGAACUUCAUUGCUCCAUUGAAAGAAAAAAGAAAUCUUUGAAUACAAAAAUGUUCGAUUAUGCAAAUUCGGGAUGGAAUAGAAUCAAGAAUAGUGAAGAACAGGUAGAAAUCGAAGAAUUACAAAGCAUCCUCCAGGUAAGAAGCAACGAUACUUCCAUUAUAGUAUUUGCUUUCGAUUGGCCAGGUUUUCUAAAUGUUUGGGUGUUGAAUGAAGAAGUAAUCUUUAGAUAUAGAGUGUCAAAAUCAGAGGCACGAUGGGAGACAUUUGUGCAACUGAUAAGUGAAUUGUUCAGAAUGGUGAAUGUGAAUGUUAAUCGGGAUUCCUCGUUUUUCGAACUCAAUUCAGUGGCCAGUAUUGAUGAAAAAUCGAUUCUUCCUUUGGACGUUUUUAAAGAAAAAUCUCCGUCCAGAAAUCUUUAUCAGAAACCUUCUGUUGGGCAUGAUGAUUUAAACCAAGACGGUAUUUUGAAAACAUUGUUCAAACUGCUUAUUGACCCUGUAAGCGAUGUGAUUAAAGGCAAUAAACUUAUAGUUGUUCCUGACAAGCAAUUGUUUUUUGUCCCAUUUUCGUCAUUGAUUGAUGAAAAUGGUUGUCAUUUAUCCCACAGUUACAGCAUUCAAGUUACGCCAUCAUUACACACUCUAAGGUUUAGCAUUGAACGCUCUCAAGAUCUGGGCCUUGGUUUUGCGUUGUUUGUUGGUAAUCCAACCGUUGGAACGGUUUCCUUAAAUGGAAAAGAAUUUUCACCCCCUGCCCUACCAAAUGCUGCUAGAGAAGUUGAAUGUCUUUCAAAGCUCUUCAAUGCUAGACCCUUAGUGGGGCGUGAAGCUAGAAAACAGGUUGUACUGGGUCUUUUAUCUGGGGCUAGCAUAAUCCAUAUCGCUGCUCACGGUGAACAACUUCGAGGUGAAAUAAUGCUUUCCCCUAACGUUUCCUCGACUCGGCCAACUUCGACUCUUCCAUAUCCAGACGACUACCUUCUCUCACAGAAGGAUAUUGUAAAUACUUCUUUGCUAGCUAGCUUGGUAGUUUUAUGCUGUUGCCAUACCGGGCAAGGUGAGAUUUCUUCCGAAGGUGUCGUAGGUAUUGCUCGGGCAUUUAUAGCAGCCGGCGCUCGCACUGUUAUCGCCACACUAUGGCCCAUUAGUGAUGAUGCCACGAAAGAGUUUAUGGAAGUAUUUUAUGGUGAGUUGUGCCAGGGAACAUCGGUUUGUGAAGCUCUAAGAAAGACAAAGAAUCUCUUCCAAAAACACCAAAUCCAGGCUUACCGGUCUUACACAAUCUGGGCCCCAUUUACCAUCUACGGGGAGGACGUGGUUUUUCAGAAACAUGACAUCGAAAAUAUCAGAGAUAAAUCACGUGACAUGUUCUCUGGUUUUGUUGUAUUACCCUAA